GAGAGAGAGAGAGAGAGAGAGAGAGUUAACAGGAGAUCCAUGGAGCAUGUCACAGCACCAGUGUUUUCUAUGUCUUCUUGUCCACAAUGCACUUUAGAAUUUCAAUAAGAUGCGUGUGUGUUUCCAGAUAAUCACUUUCUUCCUCGCCGUAAACUUUUACUGUCAGCCGCUCCGAGCUCAGGAUCCCUCCUGUUGCCACCAUGCUGCAGAGUUCUCGCCUUGCAAAGAAGCUUGUGACCAGCUCGCUACUAUAAAGAGUGAGUCUCGUCUAAAGCAUCUCCUCCAGAGGUUACCCGGUUACUGUCCAGAGUCGAUGAAUGAACUCUGGUUGUGCAUCAACUCUACACUUCCAGGAGUAUCCAGGAAGUCAGACGGCUGGGUGGGACUGGGCUGCUGUGAGCUGGCUAUCUCAACUGAGUGCCGCAGGGAAUGCAGACAGGCAUCAUCUAAAAAUGACAUAACAAAAGUAUGCAAAAAGGUCACAGAGAACUCCCUCUACAGCUGCAUCACCAAAAAUGAAAUGGGCUCCACAUGCUGCAGCUACGCAGGGCGUCACACCACCUGCAGGGAGUACUGCCAGGCCAUCUUCAGGACUGACUCCACCCCCACUGUGUCGCAGAUCAACGCUGUCAGAGAGUACUGUCAGAGUCACAGCGCUCAGCUGCUCAGCUGCGUCAGCAACUUCACCAAGUCUUACCCCAUACGCAGCCCGAUAGACAGUCUGUACUGCUGUGACCGGGCGGAGGCGACCCACUGCCAGGUGGCUUGCCGGCGGAUCCUUCGCACCAUGAGCACGGAGCACGAGAUCAUGGAGGGUUUGAUCGAGGAGUGCGGCUCCCAGCCUCUCCCUCAGGAACCUAUGUGGCAGUGCUUUCUGGGCAGCGCCCACCCUCCUUCCCCGCCUGAAGAAGACCUCCCCCAUCCCGCCAAGAUGGACUGUGCCAAGCUGCACUGCUGCUCCAAGGCUAACACCUCACUCUGCAGGGACAUGUGCCAGGAGAUCAGCACUAACUGGGGCAGCCAGACAUGGCAGGACUUUGACCAGCUCUGUGAGUACAACCCGGUGGAGACGGAGCUCAUCAACUGCCUGUCAGAUGUCAGAGAGCCCUGCCAGCUGGGCUGCAAGGAUCUGGCCUACUGCACCAACUUCAACAACAGACCGACGGAGCUCUUCCGUAGCUGUAACGUACAGUCAGACCAGGGCGCCAUGAACGACAUCAAGCUGUGGUCCAAUGGGACAAUCAAGAUGCCCUUCAUGAACAUCCCCGUGCUGGACAUCAGGAAGUGUCUGCCGGACAUGUGGAAGGCCGUGGCCUGUUCCCUGCAGAUCAAACCCUGCCACAGCAAGUCCAGAGGGAGUGUCAUAUGCAAGUCAGAUUGUGUGGACAUCCUGACCCAGUGUGGGGACAGGAAACGUUUCCAUGAAGGACAAACUCCAGAGAGGAUCUGUGAGCUGCUGUCGCCCAUUGAUGACCCUGAACGCUGCAUCCCCCUCCACAGAUACCUCACCCCCAGUUCCCUAGGCAACAAUAUCGUUGAGGAGGUCAUCCAUCCAUGCAAUCCCAACCCCUGCCCCAGCAACCACUUAUGCCAGGUCAACAGGAAGGGCUGCCUUGAUGAACUCAACUGUCAGCCAUACCUCUGUGUGCCAGGCUGUAAACUGGGCGAGGCCUCUGAGUUUCUGGUGCAGCAAGAUGCUCGUAUCCAGGUGCCGACUCGCGCCGGUCCUGCCGGGUGCUUUGAGGUCUGCAGCUGUGGUCCCAGUGGGCGUCUGGAGAACUGCUUGGAGAUGCCCUGUGUGGACACCAACAAGCCCUGCAUCAUAGGAGGACAGAGGAAGAGCCACGGGACGUCUUUCAGGGUCGACUGCCACCACUGUUCCUGCUUCGCUGGUGACACCAUCUGCUCCACAAGAGAAUGUCUCAGCUUCGACAGCUCCGAUGAGGACCGCCGACAAUUUACCGGUCUUCCCUGUAACUGUCCGGACCGCUUCGUCCCAGUGUGUGCCUCCAAUGGGCGGACCUAUCCCAGCGCCUGUGUGGCUCGCUGUAUGGGAUUCAAGGACUUUGAAUUUGCCUUUGGCUUGUGCCGGCUCAGUAACCCCUGUGCCAACAAACCCUGUGAGAGAAACCAGAGGUGUAUCCCGAAGUAUCGCGUGUGUCUGAGUGACUCAUCCGACUGCGUGCAGCACGAGUGUGUUGGCCGGCCGACGCCCUGCGAUAAGAGCAGUGUGGAGCCAGCCUGUGAUACUGAUGGCCUGGUCCACCCCAGUGUGUGCCAGCUUCAGCAGGCUGGGAAAACCCUGGCCUACAUGGGCCACUGCCAGGAUGCCUGUAGGAAGCCUCAGCAGGUUUGUGGCCACAACGGAGAGACCUACAGCACAGUGUGUGACGCCUACUCUGACCGCGUGGCCGUGGACUACGAGGGCCCCUGCCACGCCGUUGGAGCAGUGUCAGAUGUGGCCCCCGAUUCUGCGUGCAGCUUGAUUCGCUGUCCGCCUCUGUCCACUCCUGGCUGCAGGCCUGUCACCCCACCUGGAGCCUGUUGUCCAAUAUGUGCCAGCAUGCUGCAAAUCCUCUGGAACAAAGAGCAGAUGAACACUUUCUCUAAGCUAAACAAGAACCGGCCGGUGACAGUCUACGACGUCCUGCAGACCCUGCGACUCCACGUCUCGGUGCCGCAGUGCGACGUCUUCGGCUACCUGAGCAUCGACCAUGUGCUGGUGGUCCUCAUCGCUCCGGUGGACCAGCAGCCAACACCGCUGCAGAUCGAAGCCUGCAGUAAGGAGGCGGAGAAGAUCGAUUCCCUCAUCAACUAUGCCAGCCCCACACUGGUCUCCCACGUCCCCCUCUCUGCCUUCCUCGCCUCCGAGAUCAAGACCUCCUCCAUCCACUCGUCCGGGGGCACUCCACCCUCACCUCUGCCCCCCGGCCUGUGCCUUUUCCUGGGCCUCCUCAUCGCCGUGGCCCCUGUCUUCCACCAGCUCUAAGCAUUAAUAUCUCCACCUAGCCUCCCUCCCUCUAACUCUCAAGUGUUCCAAAGUCCCCCCCCCGUUGCUGGGAUGGGGGUGUUAUAAGGUGAGUGUGUUUGGGUGGUGGCGGAGCACGAAGAAUCAGCGGCGCCGUCUUUCGACAAUCAUUCUCAUUGACUCACCUGCGUGUCAAACAAUCAAGGCGGUAGAAAAGCUAUUACUAGGGAAAGCUUUUGUAUGAACAGUGUUAUUCAGUGGACGAGUUACUCACUGGGUUUCCCUCCAGUGAAGUGUGCUUAAGUGUGUGACUGUGUGUGUGAGUGUGAGCGUGUGUGACCUUUAAGAAGCAUUUGACUUCAUACCAGCAGUGUUUAUCCAUUAGUCCCAACAGCAAGCUCUCCUCUGAAAGCUGUUAAGUGGGAAUGUAAAUUUCAUGACUCACUCUGUCUUGUUCUGGAGCUUGGAGUGUGUGUGUGUGUGUGUGUGUGUUUUUGCAUGUGUGUGUGCCCGAUUGGAUUUCGGAGACAGACAAGAACAAAACAUCCCUGUCUGGCAGCACAUCUGUUUGACAAAUUACCUGAAAUUCCCUCAGUCACACACACACUUUUGCACGCACCAACACACAAAGGUUGGUGUCACUAAAUCCAGACCACUCUGUUCACUGUAAACCAUGUGUUAGAUGGAGUCCGUGACACCGUUCAAGCCUCCAGUAAACGAGACUGCACAGUCUGUACCACGGUGCACAAUGUAUGUACAUGUGAGGUGUAUAUGGACCUAGUGUUUGAACCUCUAACCUCAGCAGUGUUAGUGCCAUGCUCAUGGACUGAGCCAGCUCAGAUGAAACUAAUCCAGCCUCCAAAGUCGGUUCUAACUACUGACCAAAACAAAGACCCCCCUUUUCCACCAACGCAAACCUAGUACUAGUUCUGGGCUGGUGCCACUGCAGGUUCGGAGCUGUUGCUCAGCUAACAUCCCCCAAGCAAGCAUAGCUAAUUUCUAACAUCAGUGUUUCAUUCACAACAUCAAUGUUGUGUUUGUAACAUUAAUGUUACAUUAAUUAGGAACUAUGCUUGUUUAGGUAAUGUUAGCUGACCAACAGCUAGCUAGUUAGCCAGCUAAUUCUAUGUUACAUUCACAACAUCGACAUUGUGUGUCUGGCUACAAGGCAACCCCAGCCCCUGAAAUAAGUGGAUCCUGGUUCUAGACCAGCAAAGUGCCACACUAGAACUAGCUUUCUUGUCAGAGAACUGGAUCUGUUAAAACUUAAAAAACUUGUUCAAGAUUAGGCACUGGCUCUGAACCAGCCCUCAAACUGCCUUGUUGGAAAAGGGGCAAAAGUGUCCAAAAGUCAAACAAAAAGUUCAAAUAUUAAGGGAGGCCAGGUUCUGUUGUGUUUCACUCAGCAGUGUAGAGCAGCAGAUCAGAGCUGAAAUGGUGAUCCAGGACCUAAAACGAUCUUGGAUAUCAGUUGGAUGUCUCAAACCAAACCUAGCAACACUUUAUCGGAUGUGGUGUUCAUUAAAUAUCAAAAGAGUAGUUUAAGGAGCAUACCAGUGUUAUUCUGCACCAUUGCCUGACAACUACAAACACAACAUCACUAUAUAGAUGGAUGUUCCUACUUUUCAGCUCAUUCCAGAAACAUGUUAGGGCAACAAUUAUUCUCAAUUUUAAUUUAUCUGAUUAUUCAACUAAUGUGGUUAAAAUGUCAGAAAAUGGUGAUUUGAGACCAUCGGUUCCCAGAGAAAACAGGACACAAUAUCUUGGCUACACCAGUUAUGUUCACUAGUUUUACCUCUCCAGAUAUAGAAAAACUGGACUAUACUCUUUGAUGAAAGUGCUCACCAAUCAUAGACAUGUGUAACCCAUGACGAGGGUUCUUAAGUGGUUUGCUACUACUGAGUUUGCUUUAAAAGGUCAAAAGCCAAAACAGUUUGGAACCACUAUUCCAGACUUGUGAUGAGGUCUUUAAAUGUUUAGUUUUGUGCGACCAACAGUCCAAAAUCCGAAGGUAUUGAAUUUACAACAAUUGAAAAAAGCAGUAAAUGUCUGACUGUCAUUGCUGAACCUUGACACGUCUAUGAAUGCAACACGAGAUUUAGUCCCUGCUUGCAGCUACAUAACGCGUGAAGACUCAAAUUAAAGUGUUCGUUUUGAUAGACGCCCAUCUCAAGGUUUACAGAUCUACAAGUAUAGUGUACUGAAAUGAGUUGAAAACAAUAGCUGUGUGGAACAUUUCAGAUCUGAUUGUAAAAGUAUGUAUUUGGUUUGUAUAUAAAGGGGUUCACCACCAGUUAAGUGUUAAGACAGGUUUUGAAAAGUAACGGUGGUCAACUUUUAGUCCCUGGUAGUAAAUUCCCAAAAUGCAGCUUAAAAGACUUUUUAGAUUCUAGUGGCCUGAUAAACUCCAGCAUUGUUCUGAAUGUAUAGCUUUCAGUUUCUCCAUACUUGUUAGAAUACUUUCACCUAAUGUGUUGUGAGCGUUAGGAAAACACUGUACAGGAGUAUCUGAUGGGCACCACUUCUGAUAAAGUGUUACCAGGAUCUUCCAUGCUGGUAUAGCGCAGCAGAACAGCCUGGAUCACCUCUCCCUUUGUGUGAGGCCAAUACCUCUGAAAAGCAUUAAAAGGGAUGCUUCCUGUCUGUACAUAUGAACUAGAAGCCAUUUAAUAACAAAAAGGACAAUCAGCUAGUCACUACCCACAAUCCACUUUGGGUAGAGAAGAUUUCCAUAGUAUGCCUUGCGUAUAGUGUCUUAUAUGAAGUAAUAAUGAAAAUGCAAUAACUUUAUAUUUGUUAAGAAAUGUCUCUAUAUUUGAUAUGUAUCUGAUUGAGGUAAUGAUCACCUAUGUGCCAUGUUUUUUUAAACAUUCUUUAUUGCAUGAUGACAAUUAUGAAGUGUUUUUACUCCAGAAUGUAUUAUAGUAUAUAGUGUGUGUUGUCUGUAUGUGUUUGUCUAUCUGCCUGUAUAGCACAAUGUGUCCCAGUCUCUAACAGUAUUACUGUGCUAGGCAGCUCUGUAGCAGGGACCUCUCACCACAGCUCCUCCAUCUAUUAUUAUUAUUAUUAUUAUUAUUAUUAUUAGUGUUAUGUUUAUGUCCUCUGGAGCCAACAUGAAUUCUGUUACUUUUCAAUAUUUUGUAUGUGUUCAGUGAGUUCAUUUGUUUUCAUGUCACGUUUGAAUCAACUAAAGUUCAAUCUAAAGACUGAUGUUUUCUGCUCCUGAUGAAUCCUUUCUGUUGCUAAAAGAAUAGUUCAGCAUUUUGGGGGGGUGGGAUGAAAAGAUCUAUAAAACUGACUAAUGACCACCUUGCAUCUUGUUUAUUUCAUUCAGCCAUACUAAAACCACAGAAAAAUGUGGUUUUAGGUAGCGAUAUAUAUCCUGAUGCACAAUGGUUUAUUCAUCCGCUAGUCAUGUCAUGUAAGCCGCUAUGAGAAACUCUCAAAUAUUGACUCAAAAUAAUGACUUUGAGAUAAUAUUGACAGAAUAUUUUGAGAUGCUAAGUCAGUAUUUAACGUUUCUCUCUUAUGACUUGCAGAAUCCCUUUUUAUUUUGUCACAUUGGCGGAAAUGGGCUUCCAUAGAAAAGGGUUUGAGGAUGAGGACAAACCCCAAAUACAAUAUGGCAACAUGUUCUCCCUCAUCAAAUACUGCCACAUGGUUAGUGGCCCAAAAUAGGCCACUGUAGGUGUCUCUGACACCUAGUUGACGUAACAUUACAUAAGUUUACAUCGUACAAAGCGGACGACCAAGCCGCAGUAUUUGAUGACUUGGUAGUGUGGCUGGGUUGAAUAUAGAGCUGGACCAAGUCACUUAUCUUAUAACUUUGAUAUAGCAGUUAGCAUAAGGUCCUAUUAUGUCACACUGGCUGCGAUGUAAUUCUAUAAAUGUGUACAAGUGUUGCGUCAGCUGUGAUUGGACGAUGGCUGUUUUGGGGAGGGGUUUAGCUAGCAGAAAGUCAGUUAGUGAGCUUUAGAGGUGGGUGUAUGUUAGAACAUUGGACGAAUCCAGGAUAGCUGUUUCCUCCUACUUCCUCUUUAUGCUAAGCUAAGCUAAAUCCAGCUCAGUCCAAUGAGAAUUGCGCACAUUUUGGCUAAUAGCCAAAAACUUUUUCUAGCCUCAAGGUUUACUUCCUGCUUAUGCAGCCCAUUGACUGUUAUAAAUGAAUAAUAUUUCAUCCUACAAAGAGUCAUAAUUGACUUUGUUUGCAGUUUGAGGUGUCCCGUCAUCGGGUCUGUGGGGAAAAUGCUUUUUAGGACACAGAUGAAUUUUUCCCUGCAAUAUCGUGAAAGGCCACUGGGAGAAAUUGGAAGUAAAGCCAACUUUUUAUAUAUCUAUGCUCCAGCUCCAUAUUUAACACACAGAUCCAUCUUCUCAUCUCCCCCUCAGAAAGGAAGCUAGUCAGUAAAAUAUUCAUACAUUGUACAGAUUUUUUUGUCUGUGUGUUACAGCUUACUCGGCAGCCCUGUGGAAGCCGACAGGAACAGUAUUUUUAACAGGAAGCUUCUUUCUCCUGUCUUUCUCCUGUCAUGAUGUAAAAUCAGUGUUAUGGAGUGUAAUCAAACCAGUCAGCUGUUCUGAGCUUAUAAACCCUCAGGCAGGCUGGAGGAGUCAGUCCAAUGUGCUGAGAUGGUUUUCUGUAAUAAUAAUAAUAACCCCAUGUUGUCACCUGUACUGUGUUGGUUUGGUGUGACUCCUCUAACCGAAUGUUGGUUUGUAAGGGUCAUUGAUGGUUGAUUUUUUUCUUUGGAUCAUCGCUGUGUUUGACUGUAAAAGUGACAUGAAUUAAAAUAAUUGGAAGAAAGUCAA